AUGGCCACACAAGAUAGCUCCCUCGAGAAUCCAGCUUUGGGUCCUACCCAAAAGCUCCUCUGCCUCACAAUCUGUGGUUACCGAAAACCCGGAAUGAGUGAAGAAGACUACCGGCACCAUAUGACCAAAAUCUCGGCGCCCAUGACCAAAGACCUGAUGGCCAAAUAUGGAAUCGUGCGCUGGACACAGAUCCACAACACCAGCGCCACCCGUGCCCUGAUGGGGGAGAUCUUCGACCCCCAAUUUGCCAAUGUGGAUCCCUGGUACAAAGAGCAUUUGAUCGGGGAUCAUGAGAACUUUGCCGAUACCAAAAGAAGCCAGAUGACUAUUGGACUAGGCGCAAUGAUGAAUAUUUCUCUUCUGACUAUUCCGGUUCUCCUCGAUACAACCCCAGAACCAACACACCUGAUCGAUCAGUGGGUUCGAGUGUACCACUACGGUCAUCGCGUCCUACCCGCGCUAUCGGUAGCCACCGGUCUCCUCUACGCCUGGACGGUGGCACAGAAGAGAAAGUCAGGCCAUCCAUGGCGCAUCUUUGCACUAGCAGGUGUGACUACUAUGAGCAUGUUGCCCUUUACCUGGACCGUGAUGCUGCCGACCAACAGUACGCUCUUCGCCACCCAGAUCGCGAACCAUGCAGGACAAGUCGUGGCUUUUGAUGCCGCUGUAGAUCUUGUCAACAAGUGGACUGUACCACACACUUCAAGGGCUCUGCUACCAUUGACAGGGGCGAUUAUGGGCUGGGUCGGGACAUUGCGGCAGUUGAACUGA